GCGGGGCUGCCGCCCGCCUCCCGCCGCUCCGAGCCGGGCAGGGGCCGCGGGCCGAGCCGGGCAAACAUGGCUGGGGCAAUCAUCGAGAACAUGAGCACCAAGAAGCUGUGCAUCGUCGGGGGGGCGCUGCUGGCUCUCCAAGUCGUCGCUUUCCUGGUGGGGGGGCUCAUCGCUCCAAGUCCCACUUCAGCUGUGCCAUACGUGUCGAUCAAAUGCAUUGAUGUACGAAAAAACCACCACAAAACCAAAUGGCUAGUGCCGUGGGGACCCAACCAGUGUGAGAAGAUCAAAGACUUUGAUGAGGCAGUGAGCAGGCAAAUAGAGGCCAAUGAUAUCGUGUUUGCUGUCCAUAUUCCCCUCCCCCCCAAUGAGAUGAGCCCCUGGUUCCAGUUCAUGCUCUUCAUCUUGCAGCUGGAUAUUGCUUUUAAGAUGCAUAAUGUCAUACAAGAUAAUGCAGAGAUUACGCUUGAUGUGUCCUUGGCAUAUCGUGAUGACAUGUCCAGUGAAUGGAAAGAAAUGGCACAUGCGAUAGAGACACGAAAACUAAAAUGCGCCUUUCAUUCUCCAAAAAUGCCAGAAUCUGAAGGCCGUUACUACGACUGUGAUUUGCUUCCUUUCAUGGAGAUUGGAAGCGUGGCUCACAAAUUCUACCUCAUCAAUAUUCGCCUCCCUGUGAAUGAAAGGAAAAAAAUUAAUUUAGGAAUUGGAGAAAUAAAGGAUAUUCGUUUGGUGGGUAUCCAUCAAAAUGGAGGUUUCACAAAGGUGUGGUUUGCCAUGAAAACCUUCCUCACGCCCAGCAUUUUAAUUAUCAUGAUCUGGUAUUGGAGGCGGAUCAAAAUGAUGACACGUGCUCCUGUCUUGCUGGAAAAAGUUAUCUUUGCUCUUGGGAUCUCCAUGACGUUCAUAAACAUCCCAGUAGAAUGGUUUUCCAUUGGAUUUGACUGGACUUGGAUGUUGCUUUUUGGAGAUAUACGACAAGGAAUCUUCUAUGCCAUGCUUCUGUCAUUUUGGAUCAUCUUUUGUGGAGAGCAUAUGAUGGAUCAAAAUGAGCGGAAUCGUCUCUCUGGGUACUGGAAACAGGUUGGACCCAUAGCUGUUGGUUCCUUCUGCCUUUUCAUCUUUGACAUGUGUGAGAGAGGGGUACAGCUGAAAAAUCCAUUCUACAGUAUCUGGACAACAGAUGUUGGCACAGAGCUGGCUAUGGCAUUUAUUAUAGUUGCAGGAAUCUGCCUUUGCCUCUACUUUCUGUUCUUGUGUUUCAUGGUCUUUCAAGUAUUCAGAAACAUCAGUGGGAAACAAUCCAGCCUCCCAGCAAUGAGCAAGGCUCGCAGGCUUCAUUAUGAGGGGCUGAUUUUUAGGUUUAAGUUUCUGAUGCUCAUCACUUUGGCUUGUGCAGCAAUGACAGUCAUCUUCUUCAUUGUCAGUCAGGUGACAGAAGGCCACUGGAAAUGGGGAGACCUCACAAUACAAGCCAACAGUGCUUUCUUCACAGGCAUCUAUGGGAUGUGGAACCUUUACGUCUUUGCUCUUAUGUUCCUAUAUGCUCCGUCACACAAGAAUUAUGGUGAAGAUCAAUCAAAUGGUGACCUGGGAGUGAACAGUGGGGAAGAGCUGCAGCUCACCACCACCAUCACCCACGUUGAUGGACCAACAGAAGUUUACAAACUGGCUCGGAAGGAGGCCCAGGAAUAACUCCAAGAACACCUCAGCUUGCAGACAAAGUGAAGUACAAGUAGCCAGGAUGAUGCGGUAUCUUUCUUGAUGAACCAUGUCUGAAAUAACUCACUGUAAAAAUGCCCAGUAUUUAUAGCAUAUUUUCACAGAGCAGUGGCACUCAAUAGAACAUUUGUAAACUUUCUUUUAAUAUGGUGUAGUUAUACUGAGGGGAGGGAUAUGUAUUCUCUACUGCACACGCAGCUAUGCUAGAAAAACUCUAAGGUUACAAAGUCGACAUUCAAAAGUUAAGA